AUGCCGGGAACAUCCAAGAAACGCGGGCGGCCCCGAAAAUACGGCACGCCAAAGGACAAGGCUAAGCAUGAUGCCGUGGCCAAGCGCGCUCGAAGACGGCUUCGGAAGCAAACAACGCACGACAGCAUCAGAUUUCAAAUCUACGUUUCUUCACAGACAGAAGCAUCGCCGGUUACACCCUCACAGGGCAUCGAGUCGUAUGAAACAAGUCUUUUGGGUGAUCCCCCAGAGGCAGAUAGCUCGUUAAAUCGCGCCGAGUCACCCACUUUGUCAAUUGACGCGGUCGUAGCCAGAGGUGAACAGUCUCCACAAUCGAUAGAGGGGAACGUCUCGGCGUCACCACCGUGCCUACAACUUCUUGUGAACAUGCCGGGACCGCAUGUGGCAAGAGCAUCGUUCUCAACUUCACAGGAAGGCCCAGCAGAGAAUUCAUUAUCUACAAGCCCUGACGGGAUCUCAAGUAAUCCCACAAGCUACGCUGCCAGAAACGAUGACAUGUGUACAGAAGCAGACUGCGAGCCAUGCCAUAUCAGUAACGCAUCAAGUUCCUGUGAGGAUGAACACACAGCAGAUUUAUUACACGAGAACGGGGGCGCUACGACAAGUCCAUACAUAGCAUUUGAAGACGACUUAAGUGGGCCACGAAAUGAUGAGAACACGGAACAACAGGAAAAAGAAGGUGCGGAAGAAGCAAUGUCUGAUCUCGAAUCCCAACCUGAAAAUGCUUGGGAACCUGAUUCCAGCUCUCAGUCGGACGUCUCAGAUAUGCGAAGCGAGGUGGAGAUCGAGGAUGAAGACGAACCCAUCAGCGAUUCGGUAGAAGAAAACGGAAUAGAACGUACCAACAACAACGAGCAGCAGGCAUAUGGCCUGCUGGAUAUGGUCGACUACUGGCGUGGACUUGCAGUACCGGACUCAAUCGGUCGCGCCUCGCCUCACGCUGAAGUAGGAGAAAACUAUGAUGCUCAGCUGGAUUGGUUCUCGAUCUUGAGCGGUGGAGAUAAUCGUCCAAAGUUAGAUAUUCAGAUGUCGCAGAGAAGCUCGCCUGACGUCCAGCGCACUUGGGAUGUGGACAGUAUCAUCUCCUGGGCUACUUGCUUGUCCAUCAAUCGCGGGUUAUACAUAUCGUAUCAUUCACCGCCUACCAGGAAUUUGGCAAGCAAUAUGCAUAUUUUCCAUCAGGGAACGCCCUUGCAUAUUAUCCCCCACCUCCGACUGGGCAGCGGACGGCAGUCGCCUCAGUUCGGAGUUUAUGUCUUCUUUCCUGGGAUUUCUCACGUCUGUCGAACGACCACGUAUUUGACCAAAAAUGAAAAACGGAUGUGGAUCAACGAGCUCCUUCUACCCGCUAUCCGCCAUCACUGUCCGCCUGAUGUAGUUCAACACCAUCCUCGUUCUUUUGAUGAUGUGGAGAGUAAGGCAUACCGUCGUCAGCGGGAGGCUUGCAGUGGAAUGGUUCAUAGUAAGAUGGACAUGCACCAUUAUCUUCCGCAAGAGUACUUACAACAAAUAUGGUAUGACAUGAGACAACGCUCUGAGCGGUCUGACCUUGCCAUGUUCCGUGGCAUGUUCAUCGUAUUGAGUGCGAAAAACAUCAAACUGGAGGCUACAUCCCUAUUGUCCGUCCCAUUUUCAGUAAACGAGGAAACCCCUGUCAGUAUCUAA